UUUCAGGAUGAUAAGGACCUGGUCCAUGAGUUUGUGAUGGCAGAGGGUCUGACCUGUCUCAUCAAGGUUGGAGCAGAGGCCGACCAGAACUACCAGAAUUACAUCCUUAGAGCUCUGGGACAGAUCAUGAUGUAUGUGGAUGGGAUGAAUGGAGUCAUCUGUCACAUUGAGACCGUCCAGUGGCUCUACACUCUCAUUGGCUCAAAGUUCCGCCUGGUGGUGAAGACAGCUCUGAAGUUGCUGCUGGUGUUUGUGGAAUACUCAGAGUCCAACGCCCCUCUACUCAUAGAGGCCAUCGCUACUGUAGACACCAAGAGAGGUUGUAAGCAGUGGUCUAAUGCCAUGGAGAUCUUAGAUGAGAAGGAUGGAGUGGACACAGAGCUACUGGUCUACGGUAUGACCCUCAUCAACAAGACCCUGUCAGCGUUACCUGACCAGGACUCCUUCUAUGACAUGGUGGAUGGGUUGGAGGACCAGAGGAUGGAGGCUGUAGCUAAGAGGUUCCUGGGGAGGAGAGGAACUGACCUGGACCUGAUGGAACAACUCAAUAUCUACGAGGCGACUCUACGUCAUGAGGACGGUGAUGAUGAAUCUAAUCCGCCCACGGGGCUCUCUGGCCUCAAGGACCGCCGCCGCGCCAGCUUCGGGGACAAGAGGAGGGGCCUGGAGAGGAGGCGGAGCCGCAGAGCAUCUCUAGGGCGGUCUGGGAACGCCUCGCCCUGCAGCCCGUCCACUCAACACUCCGGGUUCCAACCCUUCAAGGGACAAGGAGAAGACAUGAGCAAGAGAAAAUCGACUCAGAACCAGUCAGCCAGCGUUCACAGAACCAACUCCAUCACUUCCUCCAACUCCAUCACUUCCUCGAUCUGCAUCACUUUGAGAAAAGAGAAAGAAAAUAAGGAGAGAGAACAGGAGGAAGAGAAGAGGAAGAAGACCCAUCCUCAUCCUCCUCCUCCUGUCUCUCUGCCGUCUCCACUGGUUACUCCUCCUCCUCCUCCUCCUCCUCCUCCUCCUCCUGUCUCUCUGCCGUCUCCACUGGUUACCCUGACUCCUCCUCCUCCUCCUCCUCCUCCUCCUCCUCCUCCUGUCUCUCUGCCGUCUCCACUGAUUACCCUGACUCCUCCUCCUCCUCCUCCUCCUCCUCCUCCUGUCUCUCUGCCGUCUCCACUGAUUACCCUGACUCCUCCUCCUCCUCCUCCUCCUCCUCCUCCUCCUCCUCCUCCUGUCUCUCUGCCGUCCCCACUGGCUACCCUGACUCCUCCUCCUCCUCCUCCUCCUCCUGUCUCUCUGCCGUCUCCACUGGUUACCCUGACUCCUCCUCCCCCUCUGAUCUCCUCCCCCACCUCACCCUUGGCCCAGCCCUCUCAGCUGACAGCUCUCCUCGCUAGGCGUAAGUCCACUGUCACCAUCCCUGCUACCAAUGAAGUUACCACGCGGGGUACGAACCACCCCUCCCCUGAGCGCAUGCCCUACCUCCCCCACUCUCCCUUCCAUCUCUUCUCCUACGACUUCGAUGAGGAACCGAUACUACCCGCAACUAAACAGCAAGUGGACUCUGCUGCUGCUGCUGCCAGAACUGGAGUUCAAAGUCCCGUCACACCAGCAAAUAAGUCUUCUCUGGGUGGUCUCCUCUCCUCCUCCUACAGACAGCAUCAGGAGUCCCUGUCGGCCGAGAGAGAGAGACGUCGUGCAGAGAGAGAGGAAAGACUGCAGAGGAUAGAGAGAGAGGAGAGGAACAAACACAGUCGAGACUAUGUGGACAAAAUGGAAGAGGCCAGGAUGGCACGGGAUGAGAGGUAUAAGCACGUGGAACGCUUGGCAGCAGAGGAGUUUGAGAGGGACCGCGUGCCCAGGUCACGCCAUGACCUGAGUUUGACCUUUAACCCAGUGGAAGCCUGUGCCCCCACCUCGUCCCGCAGCACCACCCCCUCCUCCCUGGCGUCUCAGGAUGAGGAACAGGACCCAGGGGAACCAGACACAGAACCUGAUCUAGAACCGGAGGAGACCGAGACCCCUGUUACACCAUACACACCCUCGGUGACUGAUCUACUGAAGCCAGAGGACUUCACUGCCUGUCUAGAAGAGAAGGAGGCAGAAGAGGAGGAAGAGGAAAGAGAAGAGCAGGAAAUAGAGGAAGUAAAGGAAGAAACAAAAGCAGGGACGGAGGGAGAAGAAGAGGAGGUGCGAGAGGAGGAAGAGGUUUUAACAUCGCCGGAGAAGGAAGAGGAGAGGGAGGACGGGGAGGAGGACAGUGGGAUUCUGAGCGACAAGGAACGACAGAAUGAAGAAGUGAACGAGAAAGACAACUGCUCGGCCUCCAGUAUCUCCUCUGCCAGCAGUACCCUGGAGAGAGAGGAGAGGGGGAGCAAUGAGAACGGUCCGUGGACCCAGAGUGUUAAGGAGGUGGAUGUGAAUGAACAGUGCAGCAAAAUCCUCAACAGCAAACGCUUCAUGCUAGACAUGCUCUACUCCCAGAACAAGGAGCCCUGCGAGGAGGAGGAGGACGAAGAGGAGGAUGAGGAGGAGGAGAGGGGGAAGGAGAAAGGAGGGGGGGGGGAGGCCAACCAGGAAGCCGUCCGACCGUCUGACGAGGGAGAAGAGAGCACCCGGAAAACCGACCUCCCGGAAAAAAAGGAAUCUCACUCGAACGUCAGAGUGUUCGCUGAACGUUUCGGGGAUCUAGUAAAGGGACUGGGCUCGCCUCCCAUCCCCCUCAACGAGGCCGCCGUUGUAGAACAAGAGAAGCCCCGUCCACUUCCCCCUAAGAAGGAGUCAGAUACCAUCUGGGACCAGCUCCUGGCCAGUCCCAGGGAGCUGCGCAUCGGAGACAUCGACUUCACAGACCUGAAAGAGGAAGACGAUAAAAACAUUCUGGAUGCCGGUCUGAUGGAGGGUUCAGACUCCCUGUGUCCCCCUCCUCCCCCACCCCCUAACCCUUACCUCCCGUACUGCCCCCCACCUCUGUUGGGAUGUCCGCCACCACCCCCAAUGCCAGGGAUGAGAAGCAUGCCACCUCCGCCCCCAUUCUGCUCCGCGGCCCCCGUCCCUUCAACUCCUUCAGAACCGGUCCAGAAGAGUAGGAAGACGAUCAGAUUGUUCUGGAGUGAGGUGCGUCCGUCAGACUACCAGUACAUUAGCAGCAGGAGCAGUGGAGACUCUCUGUGGUUCAAACUGGAGCCGGUCAAGAUAGACACGGCCAAACUAGAACACCUCUUCCAGACCAAGUCCAAGGAGAUACCCGUCACCAAGAAAACGGCGGCGGACGGUAAACGCCAGGAGAUCAUCGUUCUGGACUCCAAGAGGAGCAACGCCAUCAACAUCGGACUGACCGUCCUGCCUCCUCCUCGCACCAUCAAGACCGCCAUCCUCAACUUUGAUGAGUACGCACUCAACAAGGAGGGCAUCGAGAAAAUCUUGACGAUGAUCCCUUCGGAGGAGGAGAAGCAGAAGAUCCAGGAGGCUCAGCUGGCCAACCCUGACAUCCCCCUGGGAUCAGCAGAACAGUUCCUCCUGACCCUGUCCUCCAUCAGCGAGCUGUCAGCCAGGCUACAGCUCUGGGCCUUCAAGAUGGAUUACGAGGCUACAGAGAAGGAAGUGGCAGAGCCGCUGCAGGAUGUGAAAGAGGGGAUGGAGCAGCUGGAGAAGAACAAGACUCUGCGCUACAUCCUGUCUACGCUGCUUGCUAUAGGAAACUUCCUGAACGGCACCAAUGCCAAAGGCUUUGAGUUGAGUUACCUGGAGAAGGUUCCUGAGGUGAAGGACACAGUUCAUAAACAGUCUCUGCUGCACCAUGCCUGUUCCAUAGUGGUAGACACCUACCCUCAGAGCACCGACCUGUACUCUGAGAUAGGAGCUAUCACACGCUCUGCCAAGGUGGACUUUGACCAGCUGCAGGACAACCUGACCAUGAUGGAGCGCCGCUGCAAAGCAUCCUGGGACCAUCUGAAAGUGAUGGCCAAGCACGAGAUGAAGCCCACCCUGAAACAGAAGAUGUCUGACUUCCUGCAGGACUGUGCUGAGAGGAUCAUUAUCCUGAAGAUAGUCCAUCGCAGGAUUAUCAACAGGUUCCAUGCGUUCCUGCUGUACCUGGGCCACCCAGCCUACGGUGUGAGGGAGAUCAGUGUCCACCGGUUCAGUAAGAUCCUCAGUGAGUUUGCUCUGGAGUACCGGACCACCCGUGACCGCGUCCUGCAACAGAAACAGAAACGAGCAGACCACCGCGAACGCAACAAGACCCGCGGCAAGAUGAUCAUGGACGUCAACGCACCCUCUGAUGAAGAAGAGGAAAUGGAGUCUGGAGGGCAGAAUGUUAGUGCCGCUGGUGGCGGGGUGGAGAGCUUGCAGCCUCAGGGUUUGGGCCAUGCUGAGGAUGCUGCAGAGCAUGAAUUCAUGAAGGCAGUACUGAAGACCAGCCUUCAGGGCGGCGACAGAGAGACAUCAGGGGUGCCGGGGCUACGCACACGUACCAGGUCACGGCCAGGCCGAGGGGGUCGUGUACAACAGGCACCGAUACCCCCCGCGUCUGUGGAGUCUCAGAGGUCAGGUGACGAUGAGGCUGAUGAGAUCAUGGAUCGCAUCGUGAGGUCAGCCACUCAGGGUCCCAGUCAGAGGGCAGUGCCCCGGGAGAGGAGGAGGUCACGAGCCAACCGCAAAUCACUGAGACGGACACUGAAGAGCGGUCUGACGCCAGAAGAGGCCCUACUCCUCGGACUCUCCGACGCCACCGAGAUGCCGGUGUGAGAUCAUCGCCCCCGCCACGGCUCAACCCUGAUAACACAGGAUUUGGAGCGCCAUGGAAACGCAACCUGGCUGGAACACCUCCGUGACCCCCCCCAUGUCACGCUUCUGUCUUCACUUCGACCCCGCCCCGAGAACCCUCCGUCAGCCAAUCAGUAGCCUUGUUAGUAGCUUAUGUUAGCGAAUUACCCGUUAGCUUCAUGUGUCUGUGGUUGAUAAUGGUGUCUUUGUUGAGGUGUGACUUCAGAAGCCCCUCAAGAAAAGGGUGAGGGAAUGAAGGAGAGAAAAGGGAGAGAAAAGGGAGAUAAUCUUUUGUUAGAAAUUUAUUUUGUGGAAAAAGUCUCAACAUGAUGGAAGACAUGCCUCUCGAUUGGAGACGGAUUCAUCACGCUGAUAGGUUGAUUAUCAACAGGCCUCUCGAUUGGAGACGGAUUCAUCACGUUGAUAGGUUGAUUAUCAACAGGCCUCUCGAUUGGAGACGGAUUCAUCACGCUGAUAGGUUGAUUAUCAACAGGCCUCUCGAUUGGAGACAGAUUCAUCACGUUGAUAGGUUGAUUUGUAUUUAUAGAUGUUUGUUUAUUUAACUGUUACAGCCUAUAAAUAUGAAACAAAGAAAGGGGAGAAUAGAUGUUGCUUGCUGCAAGCAAUGUGUUACUCAAGUACCUACAGUCGGCCUACAACCUUUUUAAUAAAUUAAAGCUGUGAACUUCAGGGUUUAAGGACAGAAUAAAGUGUGACUCGUUUGUCCAUCCUCUCACAGUAAAGAAUGGGGUCGUGACCUAUAACUACUAUGCUGUUACAUAGUGAUUCGAUCAUUUCUUUCUAAUUACAUACGCUACUACACACCCUGCUUUUGUAGUCUAAUAGACGACAACAACCGCUGUCACAAUAAGCUUCUCAAUAAGCGGUUUCUUAUAGCGUAGUGAGAAACUACAGGUGUGUCAGUGCAUUCAGACCCCUUGACUUAUUCCACAUGUUGUUACGUUACAGCUUUUAUUCUAAAAUUGAUUAAAUAACUUUUUUCCUCAUCAAUCUACACACAAAACCCCAAAAUGACAAAGUGAAAACAGGCUUUUAGAAUCUUUUGUAAAUGUACAAAAAAUUCUAAAGAGAAAUACCUUAUUUACAUAAGUAUUCAGACUCUUUGUUAUGAGACUUGAAAUUGAUUUCAGGUGCAUCCUGUUUCCAUCGAUCAUCCUUGAGAUGUUUCUAAACCUUGAUUGGAGUCCACCUGUGGUAAAUGCAAUUGAUUGGACAUGAUUUGGAAAGGCACACAUCUGUCUAUAUAAGGUCCCACAGUUGACAGUGCAUGUCAGAUCAGAAACCAAGCCAUGAGGUCAAAGGAAUUGUCCGUAGAGCUCAGAGACAGGAUUGUGAUGAGGCACAGAUCUGGGGAAGGGUACCAAAACAUUUCUGCGGCAUUGAAGGAACCCAAGAACACAGUGGCCUCCAUCAUUCUUAAAUGGAAGAAGUUUGGAACCACCAAGACUCUUCCUAGAGCUGGCCGACCCGCCAAACUGAGCCAUCAGGGGAGAAGGGCCUUGGUCAGGGAGGUGACCAAGAACCUGAUGGUCACUCUGACAGAGCUCCAGAGUUCCUUUGUGGAUGGGAGAAACUUCCAGAACGACAACCAUCUCUGCAGCACUCCACCAAUCAGCAUUUAUGGUAGAGUGGAGAGAUGGAAUCCACUCGUCAGUAAAAGGCACAUGACAGCCCGCUUGGAGUUUGCCUAAAGGCACCUAAAGACUCUCAGAUCAUGUGAAACAAAACUCUUUGGCCUGAUUGAACUCUUUGGCCUGAAUGCAAAGUGUCACAUCUUGAGGAAACCUGGCACAUUCCCAAGGUGAAGCAUGGUGGUGGCAGCAUCAUGCUGUGGGGAUGUUUUUCAGCGGCAGGGACUGGGAGACAAGUCAGUAUCGAGGGAAAGAUGAACGGAGCAAAGUACAGAGAGAUCAUUGAUGAAAAUCUGCUACAGAUCGCUCAUGACCUCAGACUGGGGUGAAGGUUCACUUUCCGGCAGGACCAUGACCCUAAGCACACAGCCAAGACAACGUAGGAGUGGCUUCGGGACCAGACUCUGAAUGUCCUUCAGUGGCCCAGCAAGAGCCCGGACUUGAACCGGAUCAAACAUCUCUGGAGAGACCUGAAAAUAGUUGUGCAGCGACGCUCCCCAUCCAACCUGACAGAGCUUGAGAGGAUCUGCAGAGAAGAAUGGGAGAAACUCCCCAAAAACAGGUGUACCAAGCUUGUAGCGUCAAACCCAAGAAGACUCAAAGCUGUAAUCACUGCCAAAGGUGCUUCAACAAAGUACUGAGUAAAGGGUCUGAAUACUUAUAUAAAUUAGAUAUUUUAGCUGUUGUUUUUUUUUGUACAUUUUAAACCAUUUUGAAAAACCUGUUUUUGCUUUGACAUUAUGGGGUUAUUGUGUAUAGAUUGAUGAGAAGAAAAAAUAUAUAUAUUUUAGAAUAAGGCUGUAACGUAACGAAAUGUGGAAAAGGUCAAGGGGUCUGAAUACUUUCCUAAUGCACCGUAUGUGUCUGAUCUGACAUAUUUUUGUUUGUAUAUUUCUUACUCAUUAGUUGCAAGGAAGGCUGUGUGUUUGGUGUGUACCAUUUUGUUUUACAGGUAGCCUACAGUACCUGCUGCCUCUGUCCUCAUUCUGCCUCUGUCCUCAGUCUGCCUCUGUUCUCAUUCUGCCUCUGUCCUCAUUCUGCCUCUGUCCUCAUUCUGCCUCUGUUCUCAUUCUGCCUCUGUCCUCAUUCUGCCUCUGUCCUCAUUCUGCCUCUGUCCUCAUUCUUCCUCUGUCCUCAUUCUGCCUCUGUCCUCAUUCUGCCUCUGUCCUCAUUCUGCCUCUGUUCUCAGUCUGCCUCUGUUCUCAGUCUGCCUCUGUUCAUACCUUUGCCCCAACGUUUUACCCGUUCCGUUGACAGUACAUCUCCUGGCCGUAUCACAGUACUAGCCUUCCUCAACGCCACUCCCAUCUGAACUGUGUCACUGUGUCACAUUAUUUACGUUUAAGUUAUAGUUUAAGGUAGAUACGUCUCUUACAGUUUAAGGUAGAGAAGUCUAUUAAGGUAUAGUUUAAAGUAGAGAAGUCUAUUAACUUACAGUUUAAGGUAGAGAAGUCUAUUAAGUUAUAGUUUAAGGUAGAGAAGUCUAUUAAGUUAUAGUUUAAGGUAGAGAAGUCUAUUAAGUUAUAGUUUAAGGUAGAGAAGUCUAUAAAGUUACAGUUUAAGGUAGAGAAGUCUAUUAAGUUAUAGUUUAAGGUAGAGAAGUCUAUUAAGUUAUAGUUUAAGGUAGAGAAGUCUAUAAAGUUAUAGUUUAAGGAAGAGAAGUUGUCUCAUGAGGAUUUACAUUGAUGUUAUUGUACUUUUUUUCUUCAUUUAAACAAAAAUGGUUUUACCUUCACUGUGUAAUUGUUUAAUUUAUACAGAAAUACACAACUUUUACCCCAACAGCCCUACUGUGAUUGACUGGAUAGAGAACCAACCCAAACCCUGUUAGAAUUCUAUGCUCACGCCCCUCUCCACUACACCACGCCCAGGUGUUACCUCUGGGAGCUCGUCUUCGGGACACAGCUACAUCCCUGGACCGGGGUUCUUCAAUAGGACAGGGAACAUAUAACUGGCUUUCUUUUAGCAUCAGUCCCUUCCAAGGAUUCAUCGUUCCUGUGUGAAGUCUUGUAACUCAGUCCUGGAACUCAGUCCUGGAACUCAGUCCUGGAACUCAGUCUUGGAACUCAGUCCUGGAACUCAGUCUUGGAACUCAGUCCUGGAACUCAGUCUUGGAACUCAGUCUUGUAACUCAGUCCUGGAACUCAGUCCUGGAACUCAGUCCUGGAACUCAGUCCUGGAACUCAGUCCUGGAACUCAGUCUGGAACUCAGUCUGUAACUCAGUCCUGGAACUCAGUCUUGUAACUCAGUCUUGUAACUCAGUCCUGGAACUCAGUCUUGGAACUCAGUCCUGGAACUCAGUCCUGGAACUCAGUCUUGGAACUCAGUCCUGGAACUCAGUCCUGGAACUCAGUCCUGGAACUCAGUCCUGGAACUCAGUCCUGGAACUCAGUCCUAGAACUCAGUCUGUAAGGCGGAACCUUAUUUCUCUGAAAUUGAAGCUUGACAUUGUUCUCUUGAAAAAGAAAAAGAUCAUAACUAACGAAAAGGAUAGAAGAAGAACAUAACUAAGGAAAAUGAUAGAAGAAGAACAUAACUAAGGAAAAUGAUAGAAGAAGAACAUAACUAAGGAAAAUGAUAGAAGAAGAACAUAACUAAGGAAAAUGAUAGAAGAAGAACAUAACUAAGGAAAAGGAUAGAAGAAGAACAUAACUAAGGAAAAUUAUAGAAGAAGAACAUAACUAAGGAAAAUGAUAGAAGAAGAACAUAACUAAGGAAAAGGAUUUGAUCUCAGAACUGUUUAUACAUAGAAGAAGAAAGAAGUUCAAAUGUAAAAAAGUAUUUGGAAGGAAAAUUAAAAGCAGAUGAACUCAGUUUACGGUAUGUAAAGGCCCUUCCAGCUGCGUUGGAGUCGUUCUAUGUUUUCUAUUAUUAAUUUAUGUAGAAUUAGUGUAUUAUAGUCUGAGACAAAAAGAGAAGAGUUAUUCCGUGAAUUGUCAUUUUAAAGGAAGAUAAAAAGCUUGCAUUGUCACAUAAUGAAUAUCUACCUGUGUUUGUUCCUGUAGAGGGAACGUGGGGACUCUGGACACUUCCCACUGGGCACAGACGUCUUUUCCACAUUGAUUCUACGUUGAUUCAACGUCGUUUCAUUCAAAUGAUGUGGAAGCAACGUUGAUUCAGCCAGUGGGUUGUUUUAGACUCCUUACUAUUGUGUUUUACUGUUGGUUCUGGUUGGUUCUGUUAAUUCUGGUUGGUUCUGGUUGGUUCUGUUAAUUCUGGUUGGUUCUGGUUGGUUCUGUUAAUUCUGGUUGGUUCUGGUUGGUUCUGUUGGUUCUGUUGGUUCUGUGGUUGUUACUUCAAAUGGAUUUGGGAAUAUUUAAAAUUCAUGUAACCAGUGAACUGGACACUAAAACCAUGCUGUUUGGAUUUAAUUUAUGUUACACCUGUCACCUGAAACGCUAUGUAUGCACACCCUGCAAUAAAACGACAUCGUUCAGUAAAA